AUUUUUCAAAAAAUUGCUAGUUUGCCUUAAUUAAAAAAGAUACUAAGAACAAAGAUAAAAUGUUAUUACUAGUGUCGUAAAUGUAAGGAAUUUUGAAGCUCAAGCAUUAAAAUAAGUGAAAAUAAAACUGAGUGAAUAAUUAGAAUAAGUUUAACUUACAAGAUAAUGGGAAAUAUCGAAGAAUAUUGUAAUGCAGAAGCUAUGCAGUCUAUCGGGACAAUUUUAAGUAUUUUUGGUAUGAUGGCAAUGGUUUUUAACAUUUCAACUUUUAUCGUCUUAAUUAUUGGCAGUCGUAGUGAAAUUAUAUCAAUCACACUUGUCCUGUAUGAACUUGUCUCAUUACCUAUUUAUUUCAUCAUUAUUGGAUUCUAUAUAACAUUCUAUUGUCUUCAAAGGAUCAAAGAUCUCGAAAAGUUUUUUAAAUACUUCAAAAUAUUUGCAAUAUUAAACAUUAUUUGUGCCUUAAUAGAUGGAAUUUUAAAUUGUACAACGACUAUAGUAAUUGCAGCAUAUUUCUUUAUUUAUGCUGUCUUUGCCAUAUUUUCAUUCAUUGUUGGAAUAAUUUCAAAAGAAGCUAUAAUAAAGGGACGACAAGAGAACAUGGAACAACUUGAAAACGAUCAAGGCAAAACAACCAUAAUCUGUGGACAGGACAGUCUUCCAAGAUUUGAUAUGCCAAUUCUAGUUAAUCGAGCUGAGUUCAGAGAUGAGCAUGAAGAGUUGCAAUCUAAAUAAAUUUUGUAAUUAAUCUUAGUGUCUUGUAAAUGAUUUAUUUAUUUUAUGCUAAAAUAUACCAUUCAGCACCACUUGUUUUAUUUAUUAA